AUGGCCACCCCCGCCCCGGACCGUCGACUAGGCAUCGUGUGCACUCAGGAAGAAUGGGAAGCGUCUCAGGUCCGGUUUCCGUCCAUACACUGUCUCAGCCGGGGUGAUACGAUUGGCUUGACGCUGCGAACAGCAUGCGGAUUCUUGUCGUUCAUCGCCGUCCUUCUGCUCUUCUUCGUCUUAGCGCGGAACAUGAUCCGACGUCUGAGAUUACCGGAGCCGCCGCAAAUAUUCAUGAUCACGUUGUUCACGUUCGAUGCCAUGUUGGCUUGGGGCAGAGUGGUUGAUGCCAAAUGGAUCGGGAAGGGGAGUAUAAUCGUCGGAGGAUUCUGUACUAUGGAAGGCGGAAUAGAAACCAUGGGAGAGGCCGGCGGUGCGAUGACGACAAUUGUGAUAUCGGUGUACACGUUUCUUGCCGUAUGGGCGCGUCAGAAGCUCGAGUCCAAAUGGGUCGCGAUGGGCAUCGUGACCAUGAUAUACUUGUACAACGCCAUCUUCUUCGCCGUGGCCGUCACCAGGAAUACCAACUUCGAGGCGCCUACUCCGAACUGGUGCUGGAUCGGACCUCGGUACAAUUCAGAGCGCGUUGCCGGCGAGUAUUUCUGGCUAUGGCUCGCAUUAGGCGUGUCCAUCGCGCUCUACAUCCCCCUCUGGCUGUGGAAGCGGGGGAACAUCACCAUCGAUGAUCACAAAUGGUGGUCGUUCGAGUUGCACCGGCAACGAGAGUACCGCUCGUUGCGGUCGAUGGACAUGCUCGCAUACCCCAUCGUGUAUUCGAUAUGCGUGCUUCCUCUUUCCAUUACGCGCUGGAUACAGUUCUAUCACCCAGGACGGACACCCCCCGCCGCGCUCUCGUUUCUCUUUUCGUCGUUCUUCUCACUCAACGGCCUUUUCAACGUCAUCCUCUUCCUAUAUACCCGCCCCGAUCUCAUUAGGGCACAAAGCCGUGAACGAUCAGGCGCCACCGAUAGGGGUGCACCACCGUCGCCAGUAUCGAGCUCUUGCGACAACUCUCUCCGGGAGAUGGACGAUCACGGGUACCCUCCGUGA